AUGUGUUCUCCGCCUGGUAUGCCGUUGUUGUUUUCGGUUGGACCAACAUCUGGAACGCAGACAAAGUUUCCGAGGGUCCUGUCGAUUACAUCGACUUCCUGA